UAAACAAAUACUCACUGGGCAUGCGCCACAGGAAUAAUGGAGGUCUGUCUUUUCCCCUCGGAGCGAUGAUGCCUGUUUCUACUGUUUCCUGCGAUGUAGCGAAAAAUCAACCCGUCUACAUUUCUGCGUUUAGUCCAGGUUGUAGCAAGGUUCUUUGAGAUGACCACAGAUCCCCCAGUCCAAAGUGAGGCCUUCAGGGUCAUGACCUUCACCCCCUCCAAAGAGGAGUUCAAGGACUUUGUUCGUUAUGUUGCCUACAUGGAGUCACAGGGAGCUCACAGAGCGGGAAUAGCCAAGGUUAUUCCUCCUAAAGGCUGGAAGCCAAGAAGGACGUAUGAUGACGUGGAUGAUCUGCUGAUCCCUGCUCCCAUCCAGCAGGUGGUGACCGGUCAGUCAGGCCUCUUCACGCAGUACAACAUCCAGAAGAAGCCCAUGCUCGUCCACGAGUUCCAGAAGACCUCCAACUUGGACAAGUUCUGCAGUCCCAGGUUUGUUGACUUUAACGAGCUGGAGAAGAAGUUCUGGAAGAACCUGACCUUCAACCCUCCUCUUUACGGAGCGGACAUCAGCGGGACGCUGUUUGAUCCUGACGUGCCGGACUGGAACAUCAGCCAUCUCGACUCCAUAUUGAACGCGUUGGAGGGCAAGUGCGAUGACAAAAUCAAAGCGGCCCAGGGGCCUUUGAUUGACUUCGGAAUGUGGAAGAGCGCCUUCGCUUGGCACACGGAGGAAAUGGAUCUGUACAGACUUAGCUACAUGCAUUAUGGAGAACCCAGGAGCUGGUACGUCGUUCCCCCAGAACACGGCAGAAGGUUGGAGAAACUAGCCAAGGGUUUUUUCCCCGGAAACGCUCAAAACUGCGAAGCCUUCCUGCGGCACAAAAUGACUUUAAUUUCUCCUACAAUCCUGAAGAAGUACAAUAUUCCAUUUGAGAAGGUGAUUCAGGAGGCGGGGCAGUUCAUCGUGACAUUCCCGUUUGCAUACCACGCAGGAUUUAACCACGGCUUCAACUGCGCAGAGUCCACAAACUUUGCCACGGAGCGAUGGAUCGAGUACGGAAAACGAGCAACAUUGUGCUCCUGCCGUCAGGACUCAGUGAAGAUUUCCAUGGAUGCAUUCGUCCACAAGUAUCAGCCAGAGCGUUACAGCCUGUGGAAGGCAGGGAAGGACCAUGUCCUCAUCGAUCACUCCAAACCCACUCCGGAGGCUGCCGAGUUUCAAAGAAAAGCAGACGUCCAGCCACUUAAGGAGAGUUUGUCUAAAAGGUCAGCGAAGGAGCCUUCGGGUCGCAUCCAGUACAACAGUCUCAAGGCAGAGGGUAGGAGGCGUCAGAACGAGGCUAAAAAAACCUCCGAAUCGGGAGCUGUGAAGUCCCAGCUGACAGAGAAGAAAACUGAGGGGGCGGAGUCAGACAAAUCUGAUCUGAUGGAUGAGGAGAAUCCUGCCAAGAUUUCUGUCCCCCAAGACACUGAAGCAGCUGAGCUGGAAGCAACCAAGGAGAAGGGCAGCAAGCAACAACUUCAGUCCAAAGUUCAGUCUAAAAGCAGCAGCAAAAAAGGCGUCAACAGACGGAGCCCUGCAAAGAAAGAGAAAAAUGGAGAGACGGCUACAGAUGUUUCUCCUCAUCGACCUCCUGCCACCAAACUGGUUUCACCAAACUCUAAGGAGACUGGCCACAGCAUGGAUUCUCCGGGUGAAACCCAGCUGAGUCCCGCUGGUCUGUUUCAAAGGCCGCUGAGCUCUGCGGAUGUCCUGCAUGUCCACAGCUACGCCAAAGGGGACUAUGGGGACGAGGUCCCACCAAAGGAGGAGGAGAACGAUGGCAGGGACUUUAAGAAGGCAGAAGACUUUGGACCCAGCAGCAAAGUUAGUCUUUGUCUCCAGGUGAUGGAAGUCAGCAUGACUGGAGAUCAGGAGCCAGAGAAAGUCCAGGUCCAGCUUCCAAACCACGAGCCGCCCCCACAGGAUUGUACGAGUGAUGAAGAGGGCGCUGAUGAGCUUUCUACCUCAGAGGAGUUUGGUUUGGAGGUGGAGAACUGGGCAAAGGCUCUGGCCCACCUAUGGCAAAACAGACCAACCAACCUAAAGAAAGAAAAGGAGUACAACCAGCGCAUGGGCUGCAAACCUCCAUACUGCUCUAUCUGCGCACUCUUUCACACUUACCAGCAGAUGGAGUACAAAAGGGCAAAUGCCCCCGUCAUGGGGGCAGGGGGCCAUAUGCGGACCAAACCUCUGAUCCCAGAGAUGUGCUUCAUCACAACCACAGAGGAAGACUCUGAGCAGCAGGAGGAGUCUGUCGCUCCUUAUCUUGAGGAAGACGGAAGCAGCCUCCUCAUCAGCUGCUCGCAGUGCUGCGUUCGGGUUCAUACCUCCUGUUAUGGUGUGGAUCCCACCACUGUGACCAAGGAGUGGAAGUGUGCACGCUGCAAAGCCAACGCCAUGACUGAGGAUUGCUGCCUUUGUUGGUUAAGAGGCGGAGCUUUGCAGAGAACUAGCAACCACAAGUGGGUGCACGUGUUGUGCGCCGUGGCGGUUCUGGAGGCUCGCUUCGUCAGCAUCUCUGACAGAAGUCCUGUGGAUCUGAGUGGAAUUCCUCUGCAGAGAUUUAAGCUGAAGUGUUACUACUGUAAGAAGAGGAUGAAGAAGGCGUCAGGCUGCUGCGUUCAAUGCUCGCACGGCCGCUGCCCCACUGCCUACCACCCCACCUGCGCUCAGGCUGGGGGGGUCCUCAUGCAGCCCGGAGAGUGGCCCUUCGUCGUCCACGUCACCUGCUGUCGCCACAAAGGCCCCGCCCAGAUCGAGGUAGAGACCUACCGAAGGUUUUUCUGCCCGUCCUCUUUGUCCUCGAGCGUCACGACUUCACUCUGCGUUUCCCAGAGGAACAAAGCUGCCAUGCAUGAGCUGAGCGUGGGACAGAAGGUCAUCUGCAAACACAAGAAUGGACGCUAUUACCAAUGCGACGUGGUCCAGCUGUCCAAGGAGACCUUCUACGAGGUCAACUUUGAUGAUGGCUCCUUCAGCGAUAACCUUUUCCCAGAGGACAUUGUGAGCCGGGACUGCGCUCAGCUGGGGCCACCGCCUUCAGGAGAGGUGGUUCAGGUGCGGUGGACAGACGGGCUGGUGUACGGAGCCAAAUUUGUGGCAGCUCACAUCACUCAAAUGUACCUGGUGGAAUUUGAAGAUGGGUCCCAGCUAACAGCUAAGAGAGACGACGUCUACACUCUAGAUGAAGAACUUCCCAAGAGAGUCAAGUCCAGACUGUCCAAAGCCUCAGACAUGAGGUUCGACGGGAUCUUUGAAGAGAAGGAGAUCAUCCGAGAAUCAAAACGGCAGCGAGUCAUCAACUCCCGUUACCGUGGAGACUACAUCGAGCCUGUGAUCUACAGAGCCAUCAUGGAGUAACAUCAGCCAAGUGUGUCCACCUAAACACCACCAGCAUCCACAGAGAAAUUGCACCUUGAACAGCCUCAGACCGUUUUUUUAUGGUUCCCUACUCGGUCUGCGUGGACUUACCUGUGCUCGGUUUUUUUUACAUCGGUCAAGAAACUCACCGUUUUAUAUUUUUUUAUUCCAUCAGACACAUCAACAGCAGGCGAACGUUUGGUCCUGUGGCAUAUAAACCAGAAUAGAAAUGACUUUCAGGAGAGAGAAAAAAAGAAACAUUUAUUCAAGGAAACUUCCACCUAUGUAAAAAUAUUGAUCAAAUAAACGUUUUAGUUCAUUU